AUGACUCGUCGCGCGGGGGGAGUGUCCGACACUUGCGGGCCGCCGUGCCGCGGGCGACGGGCCGGCACGCACCCGCCGUCGCGCAGAACCGCUCAGCACGCAGCCCGUCGCACUUGGCAUGCCACACCAACCCAACGAGGGGUUUUCACUCAACACUGCCUAUUUGUUCCAUACCUCCCCGUGUCCUGCGGCCUCCGCUCCGGCCCCUGCGCUCACAGAGGCCAGGCCCCCUCUAGCCCCAUAGUCCUAGAUCGUCGCCGCGCCGUGGCGGGCCCGGAGCCAGCGAUGGCGUCGCAUUUCUUUCAGACGCUCGUUGUCUACGCAGGCCUGUACUUGUUGUUGCUGCUCACGGCGGUCAGCCUCGCGACGGGCCUGUACUACAUCGCCGAGCUGAUCGAGGAGUACACGCGUCUGACGAAACGCGUCAUCACGCACGCCAUCCAGGCCGUGGCAGUGAUGCACGUCCUGUGCUGGGUCUGGGACAGAUUGCCGUUCCUGCCCAUCGCCGUCGGCCUGGGCUGCCAGGCGCUCUUCCACCGGAACCUCAAAAAGUUCCCCUUCAUCGAGCUCAGCUCCCCGGACUUCGCGGGCGCCGCCGGCCUCGUCGUCGUCGACCAGCUACUCUGGUACAAGCACUUCGCAGGGAAGGGCUACAGUCUGGAAUUCCUGGUCUGCUUCAACGCGGUGAUGGUGUGGUUGAUUCCGUUCGCCUUCUUCCUCUCGAUAUCUUCGAACGAGAGCUUCCUGCCAGGGGGGGCGUCGCCGUACGUGCCGCCGGCCGGGAGCAAGGGGGAGCCGGGCGGCGCGGGGCUCGCGUACACGGGCGGCGCCGCGGGGGGGGGAGUCGGCGGCGCUGGUCGGACUGUCGCCAUGCGCAUCUUCAAGUUCCUCAUCCGGAAGAAGGAGGACAUUCUCCCGCAGGCGAUGAACUCGCUCGGGCUGCAGAAACGACACCGCGUGUGA